AUGGACCACAGUCACCACCACAUGGCCGAGGGCGCCGACAUGCCCAUGGACCGUUGCACUAUGAACAUGCUCUUCACAUGGGACACCAACAACCUGUGUAUCGUCUUCCGCUGGUGGCACAUCCGCACGACGCCGGGCCUGAUCUUGUCACUACUUGCCGUCGUCGCCCUCGGUGCCGGAUACGAGGCCUUGCGCGAGGGCAUUCGCCGCUACGAGAUGGUGCUCGCGAAACGCGCUGAAGCUGUGCCACGCCAAGCCCAAGUCGACGUCAACAAACGCGCACACGUCACCAAGGCCGUGCUUUACGGCAUCCAGAACUUUUAUGCUUUUAUGAUUAUGCUUGUUUUCAUGACGUACAACGGCUGGGUGAUGCUCUCAGUGUCCAUCGGUGCCUUUGUCGGCUACCUCCUCUUUGGCGGUGCGACACCGGUCGUCAAGGAGACGGCGUGCCACUGA